AGUCAAGACAUUUCACCAUCCUGUUCUGUUCAAACAUUGGUCGAAAUAUGUGAUGACUUGGGUAACACCUCAUGUUCAGAAGUUACAUGGAAUGGAAAGGCUACAAUAACAUUUACUACUGAGCUAUCAUCAAUUGCUGGAUCAAAGGGAUUGAUUUUUGAUACAAGUAGUGAAUAUUCAUCCCCGAUGAAUAUAGAUGUCAGUGGAGAUUGCUGCACUCCAUCAGCAUAUCUGACAGUGAUUGAUAUCAGAAGUAACUUUGCCAGAUGUCAUUUUUAUCUCGGCGACGUUAAAUAUGUAGAGAAAUCGGAACCAGUGUUGUCAACAGCAGAGCAGAUUGCUAUCGGUGUUAUUGUCGGUAUUGUUGCUGGUUGUUUAUUUGCAUCGUUGAUAAUUGGAAUAAUUGUAUAUCGAAAAGCAAUCAAACCUACAUUAGAGGACAGUAAAAUUAACCCCUCAGAUGUCUUUGGUGAUUUGAAGUGCGAUGUGUCGAACAAACCACCAAUUGCAACAACACUACAACAACCUUUAGACAUUGAAGAUCUCGAUCUAGAGUAGUCUUGUAAAUUUUUCCCCGAAUUAAAGUUUGGUGAUGACAGAUAACAGGCAUA